GAAAAAACCUCAUUUUGAGUUCUCAAAGUAACCGAAACAGAAAGCAAAAUGAAGUUCUUGCUGCUCCUCGCAUUGGCUGUACUCAUCGCCCAUGUGGCGGUGGCUCAAACAUCGACCGAUCCUGAUUAUGUAUACGCUGAUGAGGCUGACGGUUCCAGCACUGGCGAAGAAGAAGACAGCGCAUAUUAUGAAGACACUAGCGAAGGCAGCGCAGAUUAUGAAGACAGUAGCGGAGUAGAAGGCAGCGGAGAUGGUGAUGCCACUGGCGACGGUUCGGAUGAUGCUUAUGAUGACACUUCAGACGAAUCGGACAUCACCACUGCUGCCCCGACGACAACGACAGCGCCAAAGCCAAUCCAAAACAAACCCAAGAAAAAUGCUGCCGGCAAUAACAACAAGAAGAACAACAACCUUCGCAAGCGCAACAACGUGGCACCCAAGCGUCGCGUUGCAGCGGCCAAAAAGCAGCAGGCGGCCAAGAAGCCAGCAGCAGCCAAGAAGCAAGCAGCAGCCAAGAAGCAGACACCUGUUGCAGCCAAGAAGCGGACCAACGCUGUUGCUGCCAAAAAUCGCAGGCGUUCUGGUUAAAUAAUUUGCAAAAAUAUGAUGAUAAUGAAACAAAUAAUUUAAUAAUUGAAUUAUCUAAAUAAAGUUUUCUGGAAGGUUUCAUUCCAUAUGCAUA